AUGGCUCAGGCUAACAUGAGCUUGCACCUCAAAACCAAACAAGCAGGUGCGCCCCAACGGAGACGGACGGCUGGUACCGGCGAAACUCAGAAGCCAGCGAAAUCAGUUGAAUCAACUGACGCGUUGGCUGGGCAGGCAAGGCUGGAGUGCCUGGAAAGGCAUCUGCGCCGGGGGCCCAUGGAUAAGGACGAGCUCAACACCAGCCUCACCGAUGCUCGUGUGCAUUGCAGAUCUGCAGCCUUUCAUAGCAUCUGCAACGGCGUUCUGGACCGCCAACCAGAUCGAAGACCCGGAGUCGAGUGUGGCUGCUCGCCUUAG